CAUUCGUUAACAUCUUCUUGUUGUGAAGUUUGAGUAGCUCGUUUUGUUGACACAGAAAAUGUUGUUACAAACGCAAAUGCAUUGUGGAUGGUUUGUCCGCUUUGUAAUUUAUGUCUGUUUGGUGGGCUUUGCUGCAGCAAAAUGCGUUCCUGAAAAGUGUGGUUCGAUGAAUGUGAGUUACCCUUUUUGGAUUAACAAUUCCGACUGUGGAUACCCUGGUUUUCAGAUCAGUUGCACAAUGGAUGGAGAUACUGGGAAGAUGGCUCCGUUCUUUAGAGCUUAUCUAGGUAAUUUUACUCAGAAGCUUCUUCCAGCUCACGAUUACAUGAUCAUGGAGAUCGAUUACGAGGGUCAUCUAUUCAUAGAUUCUUCUUCGAUCAAAACUUAUUCUUGUGAGGCAAACCGUAGUGCUUCAAGCUUCUUUCAGCCACCUAAUGGUGGGCCUUUCACUAUUUCCAUGUCCAAUAAGUUCCUGGUUAUCGGCUGCAACACGGUUGGUACCUACACAUAUAAGGAUUGGGGAGAGGCGAGAUGUGUAUCAACAUGUGAGUAUCAAACUGAUCCACCAUUCUGCCAAUAUGGCUGUUGUGAAAUUACCCUUCCAGAUAAUUGGAAAUGGUUAAAUUUUACAGGCGGAGGUUUGUUUAAAUUGUUCAAUUCUACUACCAAUGCUUUUGAUUGGAAGUGUGGCUUCUCGACCAUAUUGGAUCCGUCUACCUUCAGAGUGGUGGAUGAUAAAACAAACCUCUUUUGGGGUGAAGGCGUGAAUGCUUAUUAUGGUCUCCGCCUUAACUGGGGUAUCGGCCUUCAGAAUUGCUCCACAACUAGACCAACUGCCAAUUAUUCUUGCUCCGUCAACGCAGAGUGCAUUGACUCCCCUUCAUGGGAAGGGCAUGUAUGCAAAUGUCAUCCUGGGUAUGAAGGAAAUGGUUACACUAAUGGCACAGAUUGCACAGACAUAGACGAGUGCAGUGAUAAAAAGUUGAAUAUGUGCGUUGGAGUAGAGGAAGGAGGAAUAUGCCUUAAUUUGGCAGGUUCGUACAAUUGUUCAUGUGCAAAGGGUUAUGAAGGAAACGGUUACUCCAAUGGCACUGAUUGUAGAGACAUAAUUGAGUGUAGUGAUAAAAAAUUGAAUAUGUGCAUUGGAGAGGAGGGAGGAGGGAUAUGCCACGAUUUGCUAGGUUCCUACAGUUGUUCAUGUGCUAUGGGUUAUAAGGGAGAUGGGUUUCAAAAUGGGACAGGAUGUGUGUCCAAAAGCUCUAUAUCUGUCAAAUCUGUAAUCAUAGGUUCUGUUUCUUCAUUUGUUGGAUUCUUUGUGGUAGCUUCUGGAAUAUUCUGGUGCCUGAGUAUGCGUCGUUUGAAACGUGCAAGAGAUAAAAAUUUCCUACAGAAUGGCGGGAUGCAGUUGCAGGAGAGCAUCGCUUCCAUGGGAGGGAGAAAAAGCCUCAGAAUAUUUUCUGAAAGAGAGUUGGAAAUAGCUUCCAACAAUUAUUCAACAGAAUUGGGGAAAGGUGGCUUUGCAACUGUGUACAAGGGAAUUCUUGCAGACAGCACGCCCGUGGCAAUUAAAAAACCUAAAUCAAUUUCAGAUGAGUUUAUCAAUGAAGUUAUAAUUUUGUCCCAUAUUAAUCACAGGAACGUAGUGAAAUUGAUUGGUUGUUGCAUGGAAACUCAAUUUCCCUUGCUUGUAUAUGAAUAUGUGCCAAACGGGACAGUUUUUGAACAUCUACACUCAGCAGAGAAUCAACUGACAUGGGAAACAAGAAGACAAAUUGCCACAGAAAUAGCAGAGGCGAUAGCAUAUGUGCAUCAUCAAGCCUCUCAGCCCAUUUUCCAUCGUGACAUAAAAUCCCUAAAUAUUUUACUAGACAAUACAUUCACUCCAAAAGUAGCAGACUUUGGCAUUUCUAGGCUACGCCCCUCGGAUGAAAGGCACUUGAGCACCAUGCUUCCGUCAGGGACUCCAGGUUAUGUGGAUCCGGAGUUUGUGAAAAGCAAUCAGUUCACAGACAAGAGUGAUGUUUUUAGCUUCGGUGUAGUUCUGGUGGAGCUUCUUACAGGUUUGAUGCCGUUGUUGUCUAUAGAAGGAUCUAUGUGUAGUUUGUAUGAUCAUUUCCUCUACGUAAUUAAUGAGAACCGCCUCACUGAAAUUUUAGAUCCUAAAGUGGUGAAUGAGGAAAACCAAGGGCAGAUGGAGAAUGUGGCAAGGUUAGCAAAAUCAUGUUUGCAAAUGAAAGCAAGAGCAAGGCCAUCCAUGAGAGAAGUGGUGGAGGAGCUUGCAUGGAUAAGAGCUUCCACAAGACAAUCGAGCCUUUAUAGUGAUGUGAGUCUUGUAGACCAAAGGGGUGACCGAAAACAAGCAAGGCAAAAUUAUUACGCCCUGCCCACAUGUGAUAAUUCUUCUAAAAAUCUUGACGAGGAUUAUUACUGCAGUUCUCCACCUAUUACAACAAUUUCUUCAGAGGGCCCACCCACUGCAUUGAUUCAAACAGAGAUGUCAGAUUCAUAUGCACGAUGAUCAAGGCAAUCCACGACCAAGGAAGCAAACAAGAGUAGACACUCUUCAUUUGUUGCUCUUAAGAAAUGAAAAAUAAAUCCCGACUGUAAUGUGGCGUGGUUUAGUGGUGGACAUGCAAUCGAUUACAGUUAUAUGCAUUGUUUUUACAAGUGGAUAAAAUCUGGAUAUCU